CGGAAAAAGUAGCUGGAGCGUCUGGUUCUCCUCCUCGGCUCAGCUGGGAGAGCAACAGCGGGAUUAGGCAGCGCAUCUGCGCCGAGACUUACCGCCCGAACCCCCGCAGAGCCGAGCUGAGCACCCCGCCGUCCACGCGGAGCCCUGGAGGACUUUGGGGGACAGAAGAAGCUCCACAAACCGCUCAGCGACCACAGAAGUGUUGUGAGCAGCGAGGUCACCGAACACCUUCAUCUACAGAAAUAAAGCCCCCGAACGCAGUACAGAAAGUGGACGCCUCCACAGUGGGCCGCUCCUGACUCACGCUCCAACUCCUGCAUUUCAGAGCUUUCAGCAUCCAUCAGCUCCAUCUCAUUACUCUAAAUUAUUUUGGCGAACGUUUCCUAAUUUUUCCUCCCAGAGCCGAGAGAUACUUUGAGCCUGGAUGCUGAGUUAGAGUGAAGGCCCAGCCGCUGACGGAGCCCUGAGUUUUCACCGGUGAUGAUAAAAGCAUGUGGAGGAUGCCGUUUGGCUGUUUAACUCUGGGGGAGAAGAAGGACUAUAACAGUCCUACAGAGAUCACAGACAGAUAUGACCUGGGACAGAUCGUUAAAUCGGAAGAGUUCUGCGAGAUCUUCCGGGCGAAGGACAAGACCACAUCCAAAAUGUACACCUGCAAAAAGUUCCUGAAGAAGGACGGGAGGAAAGUGCGGAAGGCUGCGAAAAAUGAGAUUUUCAUUCUGAAGAUGGUCAAGCACCCCAACAUCCUCCAGCUGGUGGACGUUUACGAGACCAGAAAAGAGUACUUCCUCUUCCUUGAGCUUGCUACAGGGAGAGAGGUGUUUGACUGGAUACUGGACCAGGGCUACUACUCAGAGAAGGACACCAGCAAUGUGAUCCGGCAGGUGAUGGAGGCGGUGGCGUAUCUGCACUCCCUCAACAUCGUCCACCGCAACCUGAAGUUGGAAAAUCUGGUGUAUUACAACCGCCUGAAGCACUCCAAAAUAGUCAUCAGCGAUUUCCAUCUGGCCAAGCUUGAGAACGGACUCAUUAAAGAGCCUUGUGGAACUCCAGAGUAUCUGGCUCCAGAAGUUGUUGGUAGACAGAGAUAUGGCCGUCCUGUGGACUGCUGGGCGCUCGGAGUGAUCAUGUACAUACUACUUUCUGGGAACCCACCGUUCUAUGACGAGGCAGACGAUGAUGAUUAUGAAAACCAUGACAAGAACCUGUUUCGCAAAAUUCUGGCAGGAGACUAUGAGUUUGAUUCACCAUACUGGGAUGACAUCUCAGACUCAGCCAAAAGUUUAGUGUCCCGCCUCAUGGAAGUUGACCAGGAUCAGAGGCUUACAGCGCAGGAGGCCAUCAACCACGAAUGGAUAUCUGGAAACGCCGCCUCAGAUAAGAACAUCAAGGAAAACGUGUGCGCACAGAUAGAGAAGAAUUUCGCAAAAGCGAAGUGGAAGAAAGCUGUGCGAGUCACGACCAUCAUGAAGAGGCUGCGAGCUCCCGAGCACCAGCACACCGACCCAGCGGCUGCAGCCGGUGCAGUAGCCCCGAACCCUGCAGGAGGAUCCCAGGAAAACCCCCAGGCUCCAGCCGAGGCCUCCUCAGCUCCUACCAGUGCCACAGCACCAGAAAACAACACCACCGGUUCAGCGCCCCCUGCUGCUCCAGAGGCCGCUAGUGCAGAAGCCCAAGCAGCAGCAGCUACACCACACCCACCAGCCGAGCCAGCUCAGCCUGGUUUAGCCGCUGAACAAGCCGAGGCUAAUUCUUCAUCGCGGUGCAACGGUGAGGCUCCUGCUAACCCACCAUUAGCCACACAUAGCGGAGAUGAACAGAAUGGUUAAACUCGGUGUCUCGGUCAGCCCGUCCCACUUCCCCUGCGUUUAACCUCCAGCUUUGUAAAUUAGCUGCUAGCAUGGUCACCCUGAACCUGCUUCGCUCUUAUGCUAACAUUAGCAUCGCCAGCGUUGUCGCACAGAGCCUCGCCACUGUCUUUUCCUGAGUACUGAGUUAAUCACGUUCCCUCACUCUGCAAAGUCUUAACGGCCACGUUUCACUGGCCUGCUCGCUGACAAGCCACGCUACGCUAGCCAGUUUUUAUUAGCACUCUCAGCUGACCAGUCUGGUCACUUUCUAUCAGCCUUUUGAGCUCCAGAUCACUGUAAGAACACGCAGAAGGUGUGACUCAUACACCAGACUUUGGUUUUGGUAAGUUGUUCGGAACGCAGUUGUGAGGAAAAAAGUUUGUGCACCCUUUGGAAUUAUGAGGAAUUUUGGGUCCUAGUCUUGGCCCAAACAAACAAGCCAUAUAGUUGAUUAAAUAAGUGGUUUAACCAGUAGCAAUUAUUGAUUAAAAAGGCAGGUGAACUUGGUUUUUAGUGGAUUCUCCCCCAGUUAUCUCAGAUCAUUUCCACCUUUUGGUUUGAGGUGAUGUAUAAUUUUGGGACAAUAUUAAUGCCACUCCUCUGACGUGGCUAAUUAAUUCAUUAAAUAUCGGUGGCAUUUGGCAUUGCCAGCAUUAAGUCCUGAAAGUUUCUACUAGCUAUACUUUGAAUUUGUGAAUUUUUAUAUGUAAAAAUUACACAUUUAACUGAAAUUAAAAAAAAAAAAAAAAAUCAAAAAUUCCAAAAGUAAAACUUUCCUUUAUUUCAGUGUCCGUUCUUUUCAGGAGACUCGCUCUCAGAAAUCGAGAAAUCUGCAGUGAUGUUUUCCAACCCUUUGAAAGCUCAGGCGUAGGAGUGGGUUGCCUUUUCUGCUUCUCACCAUCCAAUAAAUGAGCGUCCUCUGAAAUGUGUUAUAUGUGUGGUUGAAUUUGAAACUACAGGAGCAAAUUUCACAAAACUGCUGACAAACCUGGAAUCUCGAUGGGCAUCAGCACCCGAAUUGGUUGACCAGCUCGUUCGCACUGCUUCGGUCCGGUGCUCAGGAAGGCGUGGCCUGGCUCUCUAAGAACUGUAAAGUUUCUGUAAAUACUAACCUCUACAGACGUAGCUAAAAACAGCAUGCUUUUUGAGAUUUGCUGUUUAUUUCAUACAUGUCCUGCCGAUCUGCGUGUCGAGAAAGAUGUCCGACUAUUGGCCUUAUAUGGAGAAUUUGUCCCUCCUGGUCCAGCCAUUCACACAGUAAUUAAACACACGCUACAUACUUUAGCUAUCUAGGCUGCUACUUGCAUUCUCACUUGUGAUAGUUUUAGAAAAGCGAUUAAAUAAAGGGUCUGAUUAUAUAGUCCACAUUCAGCUUGGAUCUGCACGGUAGCUAGACACAUGUAAACAAGAAAAAGGGUCCUUUUUCAGAGUAGGUCAUCGUCAUAUUGUAUAAAGAAAUCACUACGCGUUAGAUUUUUUAGAUGAUUUAUGUUCUGAAGACGUCGAGUCCGUGUGAAAUCAACACUGUGGAGUUUGUUUUGCUUUUAUUUGCCCUGUUCUCAACACUAUAUGCUGUAAUUGUUUAAGUUAGAUUGUGUUGGCUUCAUGUAACACGUGUUUGGUCCACUUUAGCUACUAUGCAUUCAAAGUCAGCAUUACAGUUUAUGUCCAUUAAACCGAAAGUGGUCAUACAAAGAACCUGCAUUCAUUAUUUAUAACAAUAAUCGUUUUGUUUUGUUGUCUAAAUGAGUUGAUUAAUAAUUCUGACUGAUCUGUUGCGUUUCCUUCUCUUCUUUAUGCUUUUGCGAUGAACAAAAAAGAAUAGACGAUAUGGCUCGCGCUGAGAGGAAAAGCGGAUAACUGUGGUUUUAUUAUUAUAUUAUUAUUAGUUAGAUGAUAUGAAGCAUGAGCAGCAUUCUUAAGCUCGGGGGGAGGGGAGGGGGGACCCACUGUCAGAUGUCAUAUCUAAUAAUACAGAUAUGUACAGAGUUAUAUGGUCUACCUGGUUUCAUGUAUUUUCCAUAUGUACAGUCCUGUGGAAGAGUCAGAGACCAUUUAUACAUUUACAUGUUCUUCAGUCAAAACAGCCAAAAAAUAGUUAUUCACUUCAUUUUUCAGUACUUGUGCCCACACUUUAGCGUCAUUACCGCGGUCCUUCUUUUUGAAACACUUGCUUUCAGUUUCUUAAA